UGCAAUUAAGCCUAAAUCUUCUCGGCACUAGGCACGAAUCGGGUCCAAAAUGCUUCCUACUACAGUCAGCCAAACUUCCAUAAGAGGGGGCCCCGCUCCCUCUCCCUCUCGAAGCACUCUCACAAGAUUUUAAUGGCGGACCCCGGCGAUUCCUCACCUCUGAUCGCCCCCGUUCCGGUCGCCGAGCCCUGUUCCAGCGAGAUCGAUCUCGAAGCUGGCCCCAACGACGACCAGUUACAGUGCCGGAUCUGCCUUGAAACCGAUGGAAGGGAUUUCAUAGCUCCAUGCAAAUGCAAAGGAACCUCCAAGUAUGUUCACCGUGAAUGCCUUGAUCAUUGGCGAGCUAUAAAGGAAGGAUUUGCAUUUGCUCAUUGCACAACCUGCAAAGCUCCUUACUACUUGAGGGUUCACGUUCAUGCUGACAGGAAAUGGAGAACAUUGAAGUUUCGUUUUUUUGUGACUCGAGAUAUAUUGUUCAUCUUCGCGAUCGUUCAACUUGUAAUUUCUUCCCUUGCCUAUCUGGUGUAUUUAUUUGAUGGCCAUCAACAACAUGGGCUGCGGCUCGCAUGGGGCUUUGACAGUGGAGUUAGUUUCUACUAUAUCUGUGGGGCACUUCUGUUCUUUUCCUUGCUUGGGUUAUCAGGAUGCGUCAUUACUUGUUACGAUCGACGAGUACGCAGUGAUUUGGCUCAGCCGUGUCGAGAAUUAUGUCUUUGUUGUUGUCAACCAGGGAUGUGUGCAGAUUGUCAUCUUCCUGGUACACUUUGUAUGUGGACUGAUUGCACCACAUGCUUUGAAAGCUGUGCAAGCACCGCAGGCGAAUGUGGUUGCCUAAGUGGAGCAGGGGAAGCUGGGUUACCAUUACUGCUUAUUAUGGGAUUGGUUGUCCUUGGUCUCUUCACCAUAAUUGGCAUAUUCUACAGUGUACUUGUGGCCACAAUGGUUGGGCAGCGGAUCUGGCAGCGACAUUAUCACAUACUUGCUAAACGAAUGCUUACAAAAGAGUAUGUUGUGGAGGAUGUCGAUGAUGAGAUGAUGGGCGGAAAUUGGAGCCCACCCCCCCUUCCUCCGGAGCAUGUCCAACAGCUAAAGUCACUUGGACUUCUAUAAUUCUAAUUCUCAAGGGCAUCUUACAUAGAGCUGAGCACCCAUCUUUUGGAUGGAGAAUUUGGUUUCUUAUUGUGAAGGCAAAGGUGGAUAUUUUCUUAUAGCUUUUUACUGUAUUCUUAAAUGCUUUCAGUCUGUUUAUAUGUGAUCAUAAUGUACCCGGAUUCCUUUAUUGUGAUACCGAUCUCAUUCCGAUACAAUUUUAUAUUUGGAAUAGUGGAUAUUUAGGAGCUUCGAAAUGGCUUGCAUGAUAUUGUGAUAAUAAACCCCCCUAGAAAGGAACGGGAAUAGGGAUGCCAGUUGUAUUUGGAAAAAUGUUCGGCUUGAUUGUCA